AUGAAGUGCAUGUUCCAGGAAAAUAUUGGUUCAGUGGUGAUGGAGGUACAGGAAAAUGAGUUUGUAUGUUAUACACCUCCUUCAGAGAUCCCUGGGACUGUGAGACUUUCCUUGCUUUCAGAUUCUGGUAAGAGAAUUCAGAGCGAUCUCCUAUUCGAGUAUAUACCUGAUCUCUUGGCUCAUUCCCUCUUUCCAUCGUCUGGGCCAUCAACAAGCAGCAGUGAAGUAGCUGUCCGAGGGGAGUACCUGCCACUCAAUGGAUCUGUCAAGUGUGUCUUCGGUGGUCAAGAUACCACGGGGCUGGUUAUGACAUCAUCAUAUAUGAGAUGUAUCACGCCAGUAUCUAGACAGGUAGGAACCAUACCUUUCUCCUUGAGGAUAGGCAAGAUAGCCGUUGGGACUCCCCUAAAAUAUGAGUUUGUAGAGGCUCCACAGGUCUUUGGGAUGAUUCCCUCGCAGGGCCCAGCGGAAGGGGGCACCAGGGUACUGCUUUAUGGGGCAGGCUUUGAUGUGGGACAAGGAAUACGCUGCAAGUUUGGGUUGGAAGACGAAAGCGAGUCAAUGGCACAAAUAAGCUCUUCAACGGCUCUUCAUUGCAUCUCGAGACCAGGAAAAGCACAGAACCUAACCAUUGGGAUUGGCAAUAGCGUCAUUGGCUUCACAUUCACCAAAACUCCUUUCGAAUUACUUGAGGUGAUGAGAAUCUUUCGAGUGUAUCCUACAAAGGUGCCUGUGAACAGAGAUACACAGAUCACCAUCGAAGAAAAUCGGGUCACAAAUCACUAUAUCUUGUUGAGAGAGCCGGUUGGAAGCUUCAAGAAGAAUAUGGCGAUGUUUCGAGUCCCUUAUCAUGGACUGAGGUAG